AUGAGCUGGGGCAUUGUCAUCCAUGAAGAUGAAAUCAGGCCUGUUUUGCUCAUGCAGAGGGACAAUGACUGGAUUAAUGAUGUUAUUCAGGUAGUAUUGGCUUGUCACAAAAUAACAACGGUUGAGCGGUUUGUUGGUAAAUGGAAAAUGACUUCAAGUGACAAUUUUGAUGAAUACAUGAAGGCUGCAGGUGCUGGUUUUGCUUCUAGGCAAAUGGCUAACCUAGCAAAACCCAGUCUGUCGAUUGCUGUGGAUGAGCAGGGCUUCAUCUCUAUGAACGCUGUCACUACCUUUAAGACCCUGGAAAUCAAAUUCAAAUUAGAUGAAGAAUUUGAUGAGACAACAGCAGAUGACAGGAAAGUCAGGACUAUUAUGAGCCUUGAAGAUGGCAAACUUAUUCAAAAGCAGACCUGGGAGGGGAAGACCACAAUAAUUGAAAGAGAGAUUCAAGACUCCAAAAUGAUAGCGAAAUGUAUCAUGGAUGAUGUGGUCGCUAUCAGGACAUAUGAGAAAGAUGCGUGAUGAAAGAUGCACAAACUCUGGGCUUUAAGACCAAUUAAAGACCUCA